UUCCCAUUGGAUCCGCGACUUUGAACUCGGAAAGUGAGAGAUUUGGAGGAGCAGUUGAAGGCUACAUUGAGUAAAAUGAAAGUAAGCUCUGCGGUUCUGUGGAAAGAAAUAUAAAGACGUUUUCGAGAUAAUCGCGUGUGAUGGAGGUUGAGAGACCAGAUUCACCUGAACCCAGCCGUGUCUCCAUGAAGAGUGAUUGGUCAAUGGGACUGCCAUAUAACUUUAAAGAUGGAGGAUGUAAUCCUGAUCUGAGUGUGAUGGAGGUUGGGAGACCAGAUUCACCUAAACCCAGCUGUGUCUCCAUGAACAGUGAUUGGUCAAUGGGACUGCCAUAUAACUUUAAAGACAGUGGAUGUUAUCCUGAUCUGAGUAUGAUGGAGGAUAUGAGACCAGAUCCAAGCUGUGUCUCUAUGAAGAGGGAUCGGCCAAUGGAUCCUCCAACCUACUGUAAAAAUGAAGACUGCUUUACAGAUCUCGGACCACAAACGAAGAAAUUUAAAAUUACUUACAGAGAUCAUUUGGAAUCCAUAUUUAAGGAACUAGAGAACAAAGUCAUCAGCAUGUUAAAGAAUGAGCUAAACAAGUUCAAAAACCUCCUGAAUGAAGAUUAUCCAGCAUGCUCUGAGCACGAGGAGAAGGAUGUGGAAGAUCUGAGUAGUUUCAGAGAGGGGGCGCUAAAGAUCACACUGAAUGUUCUGAAGAUCAUAAACCAGACAGACCUCGCUAACACCCUGCAGAUGAAUCUGGUCUCUGUGUAUCAGAAAAAACUCAAAUCCAACCUGAGAGAGAAAUGUAACAGAAUCAGUGAAGGAAUCUCCCAGCAUGGAAGCUCAAUACUUUUGAAUGAGAUCUUCACAGAGCUCUACAUCACAGAGGCUUGGAGUGGAGACGUCAAUAAGGAACAUGAGGUCAGACAGAUUGAAGCGACAUCCAGGAGAUCAGCAACACAGGAGAUUUCCAUCAAAUGCAGCGACCUCUUUAGAGACACGUCCAUCAGGACUGUGCUGACUAAAGGAAUCGCUGGAAUUGGAAAAACAGUCUCAGUGCAGAAGUUAAUUCUGGACUGGGCUGAAGGGAAAGCCAAUCAGGAUGUAAGCUUCAUAUUUACACUUCCUUUUAGAGAGCUGAACUUAAUGAAGCAGGAAAAUCUCAGUCUGAUGGAACUUCUUCAUCAGUUUUUCCCAGAAAUCAAAGAUCUGCCAUCAUUAGACUGUGAUGUAUAUAAAGUUUUGUUCAUCUUUGAUGGUCUGGAUGAGUGUCGACUUCCUCUUGAUUUUCAAAAUAAUGAGCGGUUGUGUAACGUAACAAAGUCAGUAAAAAUUGAUGUGCUGCUGACAAACUUCUUCAAGGGGAACCUGCUUCCCUCUGCUCACCUCUGGAUCACCACUCGACCAGGAGCAGCCAAUCUGAUCCCUCCCGAGUGUGUAGCCCAGGUAACAGAGGUACGAGGGUUCAGUGACCCUCAGAAAGAGGAGUACUUCAGGAAGAGGAUCAGUGUAGAGAACAUGGCCAGUAAAAUCAUCACUCACAUAAAGUCAUCAAGAAGCCUCAACGUCAUGUGUCACAUUCCAGUCUUCUGCUGGAUUUCAGCUUCUGUUCUAAAGAGAAUUCUGGAUGGAGCCGAGGGGAAAGAGAUCCCCAAAACUCUGACUCAAAUGUUCACCCACUUCCUGAUCUUUCAGAUAAAACACAAGGAACAAAAGUACCAUGGGAAAUCUGACCCUGAUCCACACCAGACCAGUAAGACGAUACUGGCACUGGGAAAACUGGCCUUCCAACAGCUGGAGAAAGGAAAUCUGAUCUUCUAUGAAGAAGACCUGACAGAGUGUGUCAUCGAUGUCAAAAACACAUCAGUGUACUCAGGAGUGUGCACCCAGAUUUUUAGAGAGGAGGCUGGACUGUACCUGGGUCAGGUCUUCAGCUUUGUGCACCUGAGUGUUCAGGAGUUUCUGGCUGCUUUAUAUGCAUUUCUUACCUUCAUCAACAAAAACAGAAAUGUGCAGGUGAUGCAAAACACUGGAUUCUUUAACAUCUUUAAAAACUAUACAAACAUGUCUGACUUUCUGAAGAGUGCAGUGGACAAGGCCUUACAGAGUAAGAAUGGACACCUGGAUCUUUUCCUCCGCUUCCUCCUGGGUCUCUCACUGGAGUCCAAUCAGACUCUCUUACGAGGCCUACUGCCACAAACAGGAAGUAUCUCUUACAACAAAGAGGAAAUUGUCAGGUACAUCAAGGAGAAGAUCAGUGAGAAUCCCUCUCCAGAGAAAUCCAUCAAUCUGUUCCACUGUCUGAAUGAACUGAACGAUGAUUCUCUAGUGCAGGAGGUCCAAAAAUACCUGAACAGAAACAGUUCUGUUUAUUACGAUGAACUCCGGCUCUCUCCUGCUCAGUGGUCGGCUCUGGUGUUUUUGAUGCUAAACUCAGAUCAGGAGCUGGAUGAGUUUGAUUUGAACAAAUAUUACUCAUCACAUGAAGGUCUUCUAAAGAUGCUGCCAGUGGUGAAAGAAUCGAGAAAAGCUAUGUUGGUUGGUUGUAAUCUAACAGAGAAAAGUUGUGAAGUUCUGUCCUCAGUUCUCAGUUCAGACUCCUCCAACAUGAAGCAUCUGAACUUGAGUUACAAUAAACUGAAGGAUUCAGGAGUGAAGCUGCUCUCUGCUGGACUGGAGAAUCCACACUGUAAACUGGAGAUACUGGAGUUAAAUGAUUGUAAUCUAACAGAGAAAAGUUGUGAAGUUCUGUCCUCAGUUCUCAGUUUAAACUUCUCCAGUCUGAAAGCUCUAAACCUGGGUUACAAUAACCUGACGGAUUCAGGAGUGAAGCUGCUCUCUGCUGGACUGGGGAAUCCACACUGUAAACUGGAGAUACUGGGGUUGUGGAGCUGCAGUAUUACAGAUGAAGGUUUUACUGCUCUGGCUUCAGCAGUGAAAUCAAAUCCAUCAUCACGUCUGAGAGAACUGUAUCUGGGCGGCAAUCGUCUAGGAGAAACAGGAGCAAAACUGCUCAAUGGUCUAUAGGUGGAUCCACAAUGUAACCCGAUGACACUACACAUCUGAUACACUUUGGAUUAUAAGAUAAAGAUGAAGAUCCGUGGAGAUAAACACCAUCUAGUCUUCACACUGGGAUUCAACAUGGUGACUCUUUGUUUAGCUUUUUUAUGCUCAAAUCUGUAAAAUCUUAUGACGUCAGUUACUGUACAAGAUCAACACUCUCAAACCCAUACUGAAGUGCUGAUGGAUAAAACUGGAGAGUCCAUCAGGUUACUGGUACCAUCUACAUUAAUCUGGUAGACUGAGUUAGGAUUGAGGACUGCUUUAGAAAACUCUGCAUUAGCUUGACACAUUAGCAUGCUGUUCAUUAUCUGGCCUGUAAUGAAGAAGUUUAAAGACAUUUAAAGCUACUGGAGAUGUUGAGCUUCUGCCUGGGGGAGAACAAGAGGAGGAUUGCUAGAGUGGCCAGAAAAUCUCCAAGGAUCUGUGCUGGGAAAUUACAGACGUUAGUGAGGUCUUGAGGUCAGAACAUCUUCCUACAUAACCAGAAGUGGUUUAGAGCAGUUUCCCAACCUUUUUGACCCGUAGCACAUAUUUCACAUUAGAAAAAUCACAAGGCACACCACCAAACAAAAAUGUCACAAAAGGUAUUGUUGUACUGCCCUCUAGUGGAAGAGAAUGUGAUUGUACUACCUGUCACUAAACGUCGCUCGUUUAGAGUACCAAAUUGGAUCUUCCACGGCACACCUGAUGAUUUCUCACGGCACACUCAUGUGCCACGGCACAGUGGUUGGGUAACGGUGGUUUAGAGGACUGGCUGAAGAAAGUCUUUUCUGUAUAAUUCUCACCAAUGCACUUUUCAAGCGACCUUGUUGUAUGGUGAUAACAGACCAAAAUAGACAUCAAACAGUCGAGAUCCCUCAUGUUACCUUUAAUGACUGGAACUACUAUACAGUAAUCCCUCCUCGAUGGCGGGGGUUGCGUACCAGAACGCUCCGCGAAAGGUGAAAAUCCGCAAAGUAAAAACCAUGUGUUUAUAUGGUUAUUUUUAUAACCCGAUUCCAUCGGCUUUAGCAUUUAGCAUCUUGUCAUUAAAACCAAUGGAUUGAGGUAGCACAGCAUGCUAACGUCAAUAUAACAUUUCCCUUCAUGUAACAAUAACGGUUACAUUUCCUGACAUGCCCGAACUCGGUACAAGUUUAUACAACUUAAAAAUCAGUAAUAUUUUAUUUACGUUUGAAAAGAACUCCAUUCGUUUGUCCGCACCGUCAGCCAUGUUUGAACAGCCUCCUUAUCGGGAGCGCGCACAGGAUGACGUAAAAUGCGUCUAUGUAGAGAGAGAGCUAGCUUUUCGAACACACCCCCCUUGUCUGCAGAACUUUAUCAAGUUUUCUCUCCUGUUCGUGUGCACGCUGUCUGUGCACGCCACUACGCAUCUUGACCAAUCACGUGCGGCUUUAACAGAAAAAAAACGGGGAAAAAAACAACAACGAAUCGGCUCCCAACCAGGAUCCGAAUCCCAUCGUUUACUUUAAAGAGCCGGCUCUUAGAGCCGGAUCGUUCGCGACCGACCCAUCACUAGCAGAAAUCCGCGGUUUAUAUUUAGACAUGCUUGCAAAUAAAAUCCGCGAUAGAGUGAAGCCGCAAAAGUCGAAGCGCGAUAUAGCGAGGGAUUACUGUAUAUUCAUUUUUUUUUUUUUUUUUACCCCUUUUUCUCCCCUUUUCUUUAGCGCUUCCAAUUGUUCAAUUAGCAUCGUGCUUCCUCUCUGUCUAUGCCGAACCCUGCCCUGAUGGAGGUGAUUGAAGCUAACCCGUAUCCCCUCCGAAACACGAGCAGCAGCCAGAUGCAUCUUUGCCACCCACACAUUGACGAGUUUUUUGGCGCCACCUAGAGCUGCAUGCGGAGAGACACACCCUAAGGGCACCCUCUCCCAUCUCUGUGCAAGCGCCUCCAAUCAGCCGGCAGAGAACGUAAUCGCAUUCUGACAGAGAGGAUUCUGGUUCUUUGUCCCACCCCCCCAUAUGAGCAACCGGCCAAUCGUUGCUCAUACAGCCACUCAGCUUCGAACCGGUAAAGCAAAGCUGGAUUCGAUACUACGUACUCCAGAAUCCAGCUCUGGUUGCAGCGCGUCUCUUUUACCGCUGCGCCACCUGAGCGGCGUAUAUUCAUUUUUUGGGAAUAUUCUGUGUGGAGCUUGUAUUCUUAAUUAAUUUUAUCUUCAUGCAGUUGAUGCAGUGCUGUAAAAAAGUAUUUACCUAAUUUUACUAUUUUCUCUAUUUUUGCUGUUGAGACACUUGUAUCACACUACAAAACAAAUUUAAUAUCAAAGACCAAAUAAACACAUAAAUGUUUUAAAUAA